UGUGUUGAGGCUUUUCAAUAUAGUUUCCAUGGCGGAGCAUGUUAAACAUUUUCAUGGUGUUUGGUCUUUCGGCCUUUAAGGGAUUGGUCUCGACGACUGCUACUCUCAUAUUCUUCGUCUUCCUCGUUUUUGCAGCUCUGCUUAAUUGGAUGGAUAUUCCUAUGAUAUGGGAGACUUCAUUUGGCCAGGCGAUUUUUACUUCACCAAGUGCUAGAAUUCAUCACGAGAUGAUUGAAUAUCCACUAAACUGUUCUAAUGUACAUAAUUUAACACAAAAAUGUCCGGACGAUUACCCAUCGGUGUUCGAGCCCGAAGAAUCGACGACCGCAACUUGUCCGGAUUACUUCCGAUGGAUUCACCAAGAUUUAAAACAAUGGAAAAGUUCGGGGAUUACAGAAGACGCGAUCGAGAGGGGAAUUCCGAGUACGAAUUUCAGGCUCGUGAUCGUCAACGGGAACGCUUAUGUGGAGAAGUACAGACCGGCGUUUCAAACCAGGGACGAGUCUACAAUAUGGGGCAUUUUGCAGCUCCUAAGGUUGUACCCUGGAAGAGUACCGGAUUUAGACCUUUUGUUCUUCACUGGAGACAGGACUCGGAUCAUGAAAAGAGAAUAUAAAGGAAAAGGACCCAAUGCUCCAUCGCCGCCACCAGUGUUCCAUUACUGCGGAGAGAAGGCGGCUCUGGACAUUGUGUUUCCUGACUGGACCUUCUGGGGAUGGGCAGAGGUUAACAUAAUGCCAUGGGAACAGAUGUUAAUGGCCAUAAAGAAAGGGAGGGAGAAAAUCAAGUGGGAAGAGAGGGAGCCUUAUGCCUUCUGGAAGGGUAACCCCCGCGUUGCUGCAGAUAGGGUAGACCUUUUGAAAUGCAACCUUUCAGAUAAAAAUGACUGGAAUGUUCGGGUUUAUAAGCAGGAUUGGGGUAAAGAAAUCGGACAUGGUUUCCAGCAAUCUAAAUUGGAAGAUCAAUGCACCCAUAGAUAUAAGAUUUAUAUAGAGGGAGCGACAUGGUCUGUGAGUGAGAAAUACAUAUUGGCAUGCGAUAGUGUGACCUUGAUGGUAAAGCCUAGAUACUACGAUUUCUUCUCGAGAAGUCUCGUGCCGAUGCGGCAUUUCUGGCCGAUCCACCGCAAGAACAAAUGUAGAGAUCUUAAGUUUGCAGUUGAUUCGGGCAAUGGUCAUACUCGAGAGGCACAGACCAUAGGGAAAGCAGGAAGCAAAUAUAUCGAAUAGACGCUGACGAUGCGAAAUGUGUACGAUUACAUGUUCCAUUUGUUGAAUGAGUACUCCAAACUCUUGAAGUUUAAACCAACGAUACCCCCGAAAGCUCAAAGGGUCUGCGACGAAACCGCAGCGUUCUUGGAGAAAGGUUUAUGGACGGAGUUCAUGGUGCAGUCGAUGGUGAA